GUCUUCUUCUUGCCUUUUUUCUUCUUCGCCACAUAUUCUCUCACUGCCCUGAAAACUGGAGAGACAGAGACUAGUCCACUAAUGGCGAAGACCACUGGUUUUCUUUAUAUGGCGUCUAUACAUAUGUUGGUUCUGUAUCUAUUUAUGAUCUCACUGACUGUCUCAGCUCGGGUGUUGCCACUACACCCUGGAUUGACAGACCAAGGAAAACCCAUUUCGGAUAUUUUUGAUACUUCCAAGUAUGGUAUACUUCAAAUCAACAAUGGCUUGGCUCAAACUCCUCAGAUGGGAUGGAAUAGUUGGAAUUUCUUUGCUUGUAAUAUCAACGAAACAGUUAUCAAGGAAACAGCUGAUGCGCUAAUCUCAACUGGUUUGGCUGACUUAGGUUAUAUAUACGUUAACAUAGAUGAUUGCUGGUCUGGUCUGAAGCGAAAUUCAGAGGGUCAGUUAGUUCCACAUCAAAAAACUUUUCCAUCAGGAAUCAAAGCUCUUGCUGAUUAUGUGCAUGGAAAGGGCCUCAAGCUCGGUAUCUACUCUGAUGCUGGGCUUUUCACAUGCCAAGUUCGGCCUGGGUCACUGCACCAUGAAUACGAUGAUGCACAGCUCUUUGCAUCUUGGGGAGUGGAUUAUUUGAAGUAUGAUAACUGUUUCAAUCUGGGCAUCAAACCACAGGAGAGAUAUCCACCAAUGCAAGAUGCUCUAAAUGCAACUGGCCGCACCAUUUUCUAUUCAAUCUGUGAAUGGGGUGUUGAUGAACCGGCCCUGUGGGCAGACAAGGUUGGAAAUAGUUGGCGAACAACAGAAGACAUCGAGGAUUCAUGGGGAAGCAUGACCACCAUUGCUGAUCUGAAUGACAAAUGGGCAGCCUAUGCGGGACCUGGUGGAUGGAAUGAUCCAGAUAUGUUAGAAGUUGGCAAUGGGGGCAUGACUUACCAGGAAUACAGAGCACAUUUUAGCAUUUGGGCGUUGAUGAAGGCUCCGCUUUUGAUUGGUUGUGAUAUAAGAAACAUGACUGCAGAAACACUUGAAAUUAUAAGCAAUAAGGAGGUCAUUGCGGUUAACCAAGACCCACUUGGAAUUCAGGGAAGGAAAGUUUAUAUUUCUGCAGCAGAUGAUUGCCUUCAGGUUUGGGCUGGUCCUUUAUCUGGACAACGUUUGGCCGUUGCUCUCUGGAAUCGGUGUUCAAAAGUUGCAACUAUUACAGUUGGAUGGGGUUCUCUUGGGCUCGAAUCUUCUACCAGUGUCUCUAUAAGAGACUUAUGGAAGCACGAAGAUAUUUCAUCAAAUACGGUGGACUCCUAUAGCUCCCAAGUUGAUGCCCACGACUGCGAAAUGUACAUUUUCACUCCUCAGACAGGGUCUCUCUCAGAAAUAUAA